AUGGAUUGGAUCAUCAACGAUGAGAUGGGCCUGACGGUCGGUCACGUGGUGGGUUGGGCCGCCGCCUCUGCGAUGGUGAUUGGGGGCGUGAUCCCCUACGUCCCCCAAUAUAUCGAGAUCAAGAAGACGCAGGACGCGGAGGGAUUCUCCCUGUACGUGUGCCUGGCACUGCUGGUGGCCAAUUCGCUGAGAAUACUCUUCUGGUUCUCCAGCCGCUACGAGCUUCCACUGCUGGUGCAGAGUGUCGUGAUGAACGUGACCAUGUUCCUGAUGAUCCAUCUGUGCGUGAAGGUGAAGCGAGUUAAUGCCAAUAACCGCGAGCACGCCCUGCGAGGCGAUGAACUGCAUUUGCCCAAAGUGAUGACGGACACGGAUACGGGCGCCUCUGUAUCCACCGAAGCGGGUGGCAGCGUCCUGAAGCGAGUUCGCUCCCGGCACUAUCUCAAUGACCUGGACUUCAAAUACUUUUGGAACUGGACAGACUUCCAAUCGUAUCUGGACUUUAUGCUAGUCGUGUGGGCCGUUGGUGCCGCCGUAACAUAUCUGAUGUUGUCCGUACAUUGGUUCAUGGAAUCCAUGGGUUUCGUUGCCGUCUUUACUGAAGCCAUGUUGGGGGCGCCACAAUUUCUGCGCAACUUUAAGAAUAAAUCGACAUAUGGAAUGAGCAUACACAUGGUGAUCAUGUGGACGCUCGGUGAUAUGUUUAAGACUGGUUACUUUAUUGUUAGAAAAGCACCAUCGCAAUUCUGGAUCUGUGGCACGCUGCAGGUCAGCUUGGACAUAGCGAUCCUGUCACAGGUGUGGUUCUACCGUAAGAAUUCCAAGCCGCGCGAUCUGCGCCGCGGCGAUUAGCAGUUUGCCCCCGAAGAACAGCCACAGCACAUCCAUCCCCACGACCUACAUACAUCCCAAUCCGAGGAGCAUCAGCUUUCGCUGCCCGUCACAGUGAGCAGCAGCGGAGACGACCAUCUGCUGACGGCUCGAGCGGAUGACGAGCACUUUAAGGUGCUGGACUUUGGUCAGUGCCACGAUAAUCGUGCGUUUCAAUAUCACAAUAAUAACAAGAUGUUGCCCAGACCAGGAGGCAGUGGCAAGAGUAAGGAUGAUAGCAGCAUGGCAGCUGCCUUGGAGGUCGUCAUUGUCCAUUCCCCGGCUUCCAAAGAGCAGAGACUGAUUGGGGCUCAGGAGGCAAGUGGAUGCUGCCGCAGGAAGCGAAAUAAUGCCACCCAAACUAGAUUGGAGGGUGGGAGUUGCUGCUGUGUGAUCACCACCCAUCAUCACCACUGCCACUGCAAUCACCAUAGGCAUCAUCACCACCACCACCAUUGUCACUAUAGCAGCACAAAGAGACGAGCUCUGCUGCACCAGAAAAGGAGUCAUCAUCAUCAGAAGCAUCUGCAAAUUAAGCAGACGAAUCACAAACAAAUGCUUCCAUCUAACAACAACAAGUCUUCCUUGGACUCUAGUGAUGAGGCAAUGCAUCAUCAGGCCAUUGCCAUAGAAAUCGAUGCAGCAACGAUGAGCGAGGACGGAGAGGAAAACAACAGCAGCACGGCCACCUCGAAUUUUCCGUAUAAGGUGGCCAGUGAGGGCGUAAAACCCAUUAUAAUGGCUCCUCUUCGAGAACAACAUCGUCACAGGAGGGGUUCGUUGAAUUCCAAUACCACAAUUGAAACAGAUGAACUGUCUCGCGAUGAAGAUGAUGACGACGUGCAGAUGGGCUCCCACCAUUUACCAGAAGAUGAGACCCAACUAACUCAGCCAGCAGUUACGAAUAGUUCCAGCAGCUCCACAAAAAGGGGAAAUCCUGCCUCCGCUCCAGCGCGAAAUGAGUGUGUACGCAUCAAGAGAAAAAGGUUUAUAGCUGAGGCUGGACAGGAUUACUGCAGCAGUUGUUCAAGUUCCUGUUCCUGCAGCAGUUUGGAUGAGGAUCUACAGGAACCCCAUGAAAUGACUGUGGCAGCGGAGUGUCACCAAUGCAUUCCCGGUUCUAGGAGAGCAAGUUUCUGCUCUUGUCAGAAUUCAAGCUGCUGUUGUGGCUCGUGUUCCCAGGAAGAUGAGGAGGAAGCGGAUGAUGAAGACGACGAGACCACGGGACAACGGGAAAGUUUCUGUACAGCUGCAGAUCAUACCAUUACACCUUCGCAAGAUGGUGACGAUAUGCAUAGCAGUACACUGACACCCCUUAGCACCCACAGGUCUUCCUUUAUGGACCAGGAUCAUGGAGAUCACACCAUGAGAAGUGAUAUCGGCGGAGGCAACAUAACCGAUGCGGAUGCCUCUUCAUUAAGCCAAUCAGCGGAGUACUUUUCUCUGUCAUCCGCCGCUGGAGGCGGUACUUCUUUUCCCACCAAAGAAGGAGAUAAACUGGAUAAGCUGGAGAACAAGGAGGCGAAGGAUUCAAAAGAGAAGGAAGUGGAGCAACCGUCCUGCAAGCACUGGAAUCGCAAUCCCCAUGGCAAGCAUAAACGCGGAUCUUCUCCUGUGGAUAACUCCUUAUGACGAAGUGUCUCGCUGGUCGCCUGGCCAGCAAUCGACGUAAAUGCCUUGCUGCAGCAGACCAUAAGGAAGUCAGCCGUGCUGCAGGAGACGCCAGUACGCAGGAAAACCACUGCCAAAAGGGGGUCAGGAACCACAGGAAGUAAUGAUUCCUCCACGGCCACAUUGACAGCCAGUGUUGUGACGGUAGCCAAAUUUCCAGGAACUGGACUAGUCAGCACUGUCACCAGUUUGAAUGGAUGUGGAACCACCUAUAGCUACACCACCACUACGGCUGCACCCUUGAAUCCCGCAGCUUCCAGCAAGAAGAACACCAAGUACUCGCCGGUACCAAACUCCGAGUCCUACCAGUGCGAUCCACUGCAGCAGAGCUCGACGGAGAUCAUCUUAUAACUCAUGCAAACAUACCUCUGCACCUUUCACUAUUAUACAGUGCGAAACCGUAUAAAAGCCAAGGUUAAACUUCAUUAGUAAAAAGGGAUAAUACAUAAUACAUUAACAUAAUACAUAAAACCAAUACUCGUGGAAAUCUAUAGAGUGGUAUAACGAAAACCAAAAUUCAUAAAGCUGUUCAAUUUGCUGUUAUUCGGGGGUAACAAACACCAAGAUGUGGAUGUAGAAAAGGCAGAUCUAGUUAUACACAUUAGAACAUAAAACCAAUGUACAUUACUUUUUAUGUGAGAUGCAGCUUACAAUGUAAACUAGUUAUUAACAUUUAGUUUCGGACUAUGUGAAUUUAGAGAAAAGGGUUUCAGCUGGGGAAGGGACCAAGCCAGAGUUGACACAGCCUUCAAGUUUUCCAGAAUCCACGCAGAGACAUAUCCACAUUGUGCAAAUUUCUCGCUAAGAAAACUUCCCUCAGCUCGGGCCUUGAACCUUGUUUAGAUUUAAAUUUAUAAAUCGUCAUUGUUUUUCGUACGUCGUUAGUCGAGUUCAUUUUGUAGUCCUGUAAGUUUAAUUUGUAUUAAAAUCAACAAAAUCAAACUUUAAUCUCGAUAUUAUUCUUUAAAGAAUUUUUAAUUUUAUUGUUUCCUAGCAGAAUUUAUUAGCUAAGAUCUUUAAAAAAUUAUACGAAAAUAAACGAAACC